UUUAGUGUUUACUCCGUCAGUCCAUCCUACCGACCGGAGAGAGAGUCUUUAUGGAUUCAAUACACAAACAAUGUACUUCUAGGUUCAUUACCACUACCACUACUGCAUUGAUCUGUUUCGCACCAUGGGAAAGGAGAAGAACGAAGAAAUAACCUACAUCGAUGUUGAUUCUCAAAGCUCGGAUUGUUGUUCCGUGGAGGCUCCAAAGACUACAAACAGGCCAACAUCCUCGGGAUUAAUAGAGAAGUUUGACAAAUCACCACCCCUAUGUAUAAAUUAUACUAUACCUCGACGGAAGCAAUCAAAGAUGCGACGCAGGAAAAUUUAUUCAACUAUCUCUCCUCGACGUCAGCCGUCAAAAAAGAUAAUUGAGAAGAAGAUUCCAACCUGCAAGCAAGAUCAAAAUUCAAAAACCUUUCCUCGACGUCAGCCAUCAAAGAGGAUAAUUAACAGCAAGAUUUCAGUCCGCAAGGAAAAUCAGCUUGGCACGAACAAGUUUCAGUCCUACUUCGAGGAUAUUUUAUGGAGCUCCUUUUCGCCAGAAAGAAAGAACUGUUUCGCAUACAUGGAUUGCAUUUGGUUUUCCUUGUAUAGGAAAGGGUUGCCCAAGGAAAAGGUGUUGGCCUGGGUUAAGAACAGACAUAUUUUUUCAAAAAAAUAUGUUUUUGUUCCCCUUGUAUGCUGGGGUCACUGGAGUCUUCUGAUCUUAUGCCACUUUGGAGAAAGUUUGGAGUCCACAACUACAAAACCAUGCAUGCUGCUACUGGAUUCCCUUGAAAUAGCAGAUCCAAGGAGGUUCGAACCUGAUAUAAGAAAGUUUGUAUUCGACAUUUUUGAAGUGGAAGGCAAACCGGAUCACAAAAAGGCAAUUGGAAAAAUUCCUUUGUUAGUGCCAAAGGUGCCACAACAAAGGAAUAAAGAUGAUUGUGGAUUUUUUGUUCUCUACUACAUGGAAUUGUUCAUGAGAUCUGCUCCAGACAAUUUUAUCAUCGACAAGGGCUAUCCUUACUUUGUAAAUGGAUGAAAAUUGGUUUAGUGCUGAAAGCGUGCAAAAGUUCUGUGCACAAGUCAAUUUCUUCUGUAAGUGAAUUGUCUAGUUCUUGUACUUUAUAUGUACUCUGGUUGCUUAGUAUGGCAUAACUCAUACACUACGGUGUUGUUUUUCAACUUACUCUACUGAUCUGUUUCUCGAAAACGGAUCACCUACUUAGGAAGUCUGUCAGUUGUAUAUUAUGACAUUAAAUGGAGGAAAGAACUUAUAUAUCAGUUUCAGGCUGUUGUGUCUA